CCACACACUUCACAACUCUAACUAGUUGUGAUGUUACAUUUUUUUUUUUGUUUAUUAAACAUUAUUCUUCAAUAGGUUCUGCGGAGAGGAUCACCAUUCCCUUUGAUUGCUACCAAUAUGGCAUAAAGAUGAAAAACGGAACUGAUCGGAAACCAACCACUAACGUCGACGUGAAUGGACUUGAGCAACGGAGAGCUAGUGACAAUGAAGGUGAAGUUCCGCGAAGGAUGGGACAGCUGGUUAGUGGUGUGGCUUCUCCUGAAGGGAAGGGAGUCGAAAUUCAUGCUACCUUGAUCAAUGGUUCGGCUGAACCCAAGCGCCAUGGAUUGAUUGAUCGAUGCAAGUAUGGCGUUAAAAUGAAGGAGGAUGGAGAUUGGGAAGUUCUUAUCGACUUGGCGGGGAGCGCAUCCCUUGGAAAGUGGGCUGGUAAAAUGACGUUGGACAUGGGUGUGGGACUUGUCAAUUACCUCCAAGAGCUUGACCUCAGGCAAGAUGGGUAUGAGCUACAAGUACGUGGGCAUGGGAAGUUAAAAUGGGGAGAUGAUGAUUGGCUUCAUUAUAAGCCCAUGCCGGGGACGCAAGAGGGAAAAGAGGAAGUUGAGGUGAGAAUAUUUGAUGGGGCACUAUGGGCUGUCUCUUCCAUUAAUGUCGCCAAGCAUAUGGGUGACAAGGACCACGACACGAAGUCGGAGAGUCACCAUUUUGCAGCAUAUGAUAUCGGAGUAAGAGGGUUGCUAGAGGUUGGAGCUACCGGCUACGGGAGCUAUGUUCGUAUUCAUGGUUGCAACUGGAAAUAUCGCAAACGCGAUCAUCAUCAUUUCACCCUCAUGUCCUUCUACUGCAAGCUAGGAGGAAGCUUCUUCUUCAUCGAUCCGGGUUGAGGUGACACUUAAACUUCGGGGACGAAGUUUUUCGAAGGGGGGAGGAUUGAUGGGUGCACGUUUUCUGACCGUCUAGGUCAUUAAAACUAAUUUUGAUCAUUAUUAUUAUUAUUAUUAUUAUUUUAUUUGGAUAUUAUUUUGGUUAUUAUUUCUUGUUAAGGAAGUUAUUGUUUAGGAGUUGGUCUAGGAUUAGUUUACCUUGUUCGGGAGGGAAUGAGUUUGUAGGAUUAUUCCUAUAAAUAUGUACUUUGUCUCUACGUUUUAAUCAGUCAAAGAAGAAUAAACCAGUAUUUUCAGUUUCUUUUAACUUUAGUUCGUACGAUUACGCGAUGGACGAACCGAUCGUGCAUCAUUUGUCCAAUCAGCCACAGAAGAGCCUCUCUCUUCUUCUGUGAGAUGUUGCAGGGCAUAAUCCUCAAGCAGCACACCCUUCUCAACCCAAGGAUGGGUCAUACUUGCACUAUUUCACUAAAAAGCAAAUUAUAAAUCAUAUCUUUCCGUAUUAAUUUUUUUUCAUUGAAUUUCAGUACUAAAGUUUGUAAUUGUGU